CAGCAUAUCCCCCUUAAUCCUUGGGGAGGGAGCUGUUGUGCACACCCCAGCAUCCCAGGGCUCCCUGAAUCGCCAUGGACGAGGAAGCUGAGGAGGAGCCUGGGCUGGACAGGCCUGCAGUCUCCAGUGACUUCAGCUUUUACCACAUGGACCUGUAUGACUCUGACGACCGACAACACAUCCUUCUGGAAGAAAACACAAGCAUUAGGAGAGAAGUAGGCCAAGCUGAAGUGGGCAGUGAGCCGGGAGGGGCAGGGGAAGCAAAGGUGCGAGGAGACCUUCAGGGGCAAGUGGGUGAGCUUGUCCAGUUAUAUGGCCUCGAAGAUGACCAUGACCUAGGGGACGAGGUAGUCGAUGAAGACAGAAUGGAGGUUCCCGGGUACUCCCCCUAUGGGGUGCUGAGAGACCUCGGGCUUAGUGGAGAGGCCGAGGAGCCAGGCUAUGGAGGCUGGGGCUCCGCAGGCCAGUGCCAGGACGCACGGGAAGCCUACCGGUACACACACGGCCGCGCCAGCGAGGAGUACGAGUGCUACGUCAUCCCGGAGGAGGAGGAUGAGGAGGAAGCCGCAGACGUCUUCUGUGUCACCUGCAAGACUCCGCUCAGGGCUGCCGAGAGGGACUCGACAGCACACAGGGACCACCACGUGACCCCGCUGGACAAGGCGCUGGAGAGCGCCAGGGAUGAGAUCCACAGGAACAUGUACCGCCUGGAACAGCAGAUCAUCGACAUGGAGAACUUCGCAAGCCACCUGGAGGAGGUUUUCGUCACGGUGGAGGAGAACUUCGGAAGACAGGAGCAAAACUUCGAGUCACAUUACAACGAGAUCUUGGAAACGCUUGCCCAAAACUAUGAGGAAAACAUACAGGCUCUCGGGGAGAGAAAGAAAGAGAAGCUGGAGGCCCUGUACGGACAGCUGGUCAACUGCGGAGAAAGCCUGGAGACCUGCAAAGAGCUGAUGGAGGCGAUCGAGGAGGUGUGUCACCAGGACAAGGCCAACUUCUUAAAGGACGCGGUGGCCAUGGCUGACAGACUGGGGAACUUCCUGAAAACACAGACCGAUGUGGAGAUCUCUGCACAACCCGACUUUGAAGACCAGACCUUGGACUUCACUGAGGUGGAGCAACUGAUGGGGUCAAUGAAUGCCAUUCCAGCUCCCUCCGCUCCGGUGAUAAAUCGGCAGGCCCCCAACUCGGCCACCAGCUCCUCUGUCCGGGUGUGCUGGAGCUUGCACUCCGACGACACGGUGGAGCGCUACCAGCUGUGCUACCGGCCUGCGCAGGACGGCUCUCCCCACAAGGACCACGCGGGGAAAGAAUUUACAGUGACAGUCAAAGAAACAUACUGCUCGGUGCGAAACCUUGAGCCCAAUACGCAGUAUGAAUUCUGGGUCAUAGCAGAGAACAGGGCAGGACCCAGCCCAAGCAGUGAAGUCGCCACAUACGUGACAGCGCCCUCUCCGCCGGUGAUAAGGUGCGAGGAGAUCAGGAGCUGUGAGAGGGCUGCUCUCAUCAGCUGGGAGUCAGGGAACCGGAGCCCGGUGGACUCGUACACCGUGGAGCUGACGCUGGCAGAGACUCCGGAGGCCUCGGGCGUGACCGAGUCGGUCGUGGGCAUCCCAACCUGCGAGUCCCUGAUACAGCUGCUGCCCGGGCAGCGCUACAUCAUCUACGUGCGUGCCCUGAACGUGGGAGGCUCCAGCGCCAGGAGCCAGCCUGCCACGGUCCACACGACAGGCACCGUCUUCCACCUGAACAAGGACACCUGCCACCCCGCGCUGACCAUUUCUGAGGACGGGUUGACGGUGCUUCGAAACGAAAGGAAAACCCCAGCUCGGGAGCCACCGCCCAGCCGGAGCCGCUUCAGCAGGUGUGCUGCUGUCAUGGGAAAUCUAAUCCCCGUCCGAGGCCGCCAUUACUGGGAGGUGGAGGUGGAUGAACACUCUGACUACACCGUGGGCGUGGCCUCUGAGGACAUCCCCAGACAGGAGGACCUCGGGGCAAGCCCGCAGGCCUGGUGCCUGAGGCACACAUUCUCCUCAUCCAGGCACAAAUAUGAAUUUCUGCACAACGGGAAAACACCAGACAUAAGAAUAACAGUAGCACCGAAGCAGAUCGGUGUCCUGUUAGAUUACGAGAAGUCGAAGCUGUCCUUCUUCAACGCGGACAACUCUCAGCACCUGUACACCUACAGCUGUCAGCUUCACCGGUUUGUGCACCCCUGUUUUUCUUUGGAAAAGCCGGGGUGUCUAAAGAUACGUAAUGGCAUUUCAACACCCAGGCAUGCCUCUUUCUGCUAGGCCUUGCUGGCACCCUCUGCCAGCCACGGUUGCCUUGGACUCGAGCACUGGGUGCCUCAUGUGUUUGUGGCUUGUUAGUAUCUGGCAGACGGGCAUGCAGGAGUCCUUUCACCUGACCCAGAUGCUAGGUCCAUGUGCCCUCACCUACUUGGCACUGGGGUGGCCAUGAAAGAGGAGGGGUGGACUCAAUGAACCCAAAGGGCUGCCACAUGCUCAGCGCACCCAUCUGUGUACAUGCGAGCAUUUUGAGUCUGAGGCCUCAGGAGCCUGGGGGAGAAAAGGUCUUGAUGGCUCCAGAAGCUCCUGUACACCUGGGACACUUCCACAGCCCCUGGGGACGCCCUUGAGGACAAAGCUGUCAGGAGACGGGGAAGCCCUGAGUCCUCAGUGCCUCGGGCCUGGUCCGCCCCUUCCAGGCGCUGGGCCCCUCCCCAUGGCACUGCUCCCAACUUGCUGACCUAAGGCCUCUAGGAUGCCUCUCCCGUAAAGGCUGUCCACCCUGCCCUGGAGCUCACGUGUAACAGGUACACCAAAUAAAACACACUGAGUAAA